CCUCUCACAUCUCUCUCUUGAUAUCAACGCUUUAUCUUCCUCAUGCAACCUCUCUUGACUCUUAACCUAUUUCUCUAACUUAUAAUCCUCACUCUCUCACUCCUCUUCCUUGCUCCUCCAUUAACGCCUCCCAUGGCUUCUCCAUUCCCAUCUUCAUCAUCCUCGUCUCUGUUCACAUUGGUGGCUCUGUUUGUACUGCUUUUCCUGGUUCAUCCUUCAUCUUCUACCUCUAGAUCGCGCGCUUUGAUCAGAUCACCCAUCAGGCUCAAUCUCCACCAUGUCGAUUCUGCUAAAAACCUCACCAAACUCGAGCGUCUUCAACAUGGAAUCAAACGUGGGGAAGCCAGGUUACAGAGAUUCAACUCUAUGAUUCUCGCAGCUUCGUCCUCAUCUUCGUCUUCUUCGAUCCCACAAAGUUCUGAUCAACUGGAGGCUCCUGUUUAUGCCGGAAGGGGUGCUUAUCUCUUGACCCUUUCCAUAGGAACGCCACCAAAAUCUUACCCUGCUGUCUUGGACACUGGAAGCGAUCUGAUCUGGACUCAGUGUAAGCCUUGUUCUCAGUGUUACAAUCAACCCACUCCGAUCUUCGAUCCCAAAUACUCGUCUUCCUUCUCCAAACUCUCUUGCUCCAGCAAUCUCUGCUCUGCGUUACCUUCUUCUUCUUGUCACAAAAAUACCUGCAAUUAUCUGUAUUCCUAUGGCGACUAUUCCUUCACCAAGGGUUUUCUAGCCUCUGAGACUUUCACUUUCGGAGAGGACAAGAAAGAUCAAGCUUCGGUUAAGAACAUAGGGUUUGGUUGUGGGGAAGAUAACGAAGGAGACGGGCUUGAUCAGGCUUCGGGUCUAGUUGGCCUGGGUCGUGGGCCUUUGUCUCUGGUUUCUCAGCUAGAAGAACCCAAAUUCUCGUACUGUUUAACUUCCAUGGAUGAAUCUGCAACAAGCACUUUGUUUCUGGGAUCGUUUCCUCAUGUUAAAGGCUCAAAAGAACUACUCACUACUCCUCUUCUUCAAAACCCUGCGCUUUCGUCUUUCUAUUAUCUUCCUCUUGAAGGAAUAUCUGUGGGUGAAACUCGAUUGGACAUUGAUAAAUCCGUGUUUUAUAUCAAAGAAGAUGGAAGUGGAGGAGUAAUCAUAGACUCGGGAACCACCAUUUCGUACUUGGAGCAGGAAGCUUAUGAAGCACUCAAGAAUGAGUUCAUAUCUCAAACGAAUCUACCAGUGUACGUUUCAGAUUCAACUGGGCUUGAUCUUUGCUUCGCUCUACCUUCAGAUUCAUCAUCACAGGCUAAGUUUCCCAGUAAGUUGGUUUUCCAUUUCACAGGUGCAGAUUUGGAGCUUCCUACUCAGAAUUUCAUGGUGGCUGAUUCAAGCUCCAACGUGGCUUGCUUGGCCAUGGGAGCUUCAAGUGGCUUAUCUAUAUUAGGGAACAUACAACAGCAAAACGUGUUGGUGAACUAUGAUGUUCAGAUGCAGACCGUUUCAUUCGAUCCUACACAGUGCGAUGCGUUGUGAAUAGUUUAGUUAAUUAAUUAAUUAAUUUUUUUUUUGAAAUCUUAUGGUUUAACUUGUUUGUAAUAAUAUAUAUGAACUUUAUCUCUGUCUUGAUCAUCUAAUGGAGCAGCUAGCAGAAGAGACGAUGUUCUUGAAGCUUGAUCGUGGGCUCAAUUAUUGAUUGCGUACGUUGUUUAUCCGUCGUUAUGUGUGAAUAAAAUUGCUAUCUUCUUCUGUUUUCCAGACUCAAUUGAUACAUCCUUGAAUGUUUCUAUUGUGUAA